CCUUUAAAACACCGAAAACCGACAAACGGAUAAGAAACAGUGAAGUGAAGCUGCUGGGGAUGGAAGAUUGAAAGCAGCGAUGGCUCUGCUAACUAAUAGCCUGCUAGUCCUACGCGCCCAACAACUCGGUCCGAGUCGAACUCACGCCCCUGCUACGAGUUAUCUAUACCAUUCGCAUCCCUGUGGAGCAACAUCCUCCGUUUCGCUUCGGUUGUGUCAUGGGAACCGAAAAGUCAAGACACAAGCCUCCAAUGCAGAUAACCAAGCAGUGAAAGUGGAAGAGAAAAAGGAGGAGGAAGAAGAAGAAUUUCAAGUACUGACGGCCAUGAAAAGCGAUUUCAACGACAUUGUAAUCGUCGACACUCCGAAAUCGAGAUUGCUGCUCCUCGAUUCUUCUCAUAAUGUGCAUAGCAUUGUUUACAAGGACCAGAAGUGGACUGCUUCCUACUGGGAUGAGUUUGCUAGCUUGCCUGCUAUUGUUCCGAAAGGUCCUAUUGCCAUCCUUGGCUUGGGUGGUGGAACAGCUGCUCAUCUGAUGCUCGACUUGUGGCCGUCAUUGCAGCUUGAAGGUUGGGAAAUUGAUCAAAUUUUGAUUGAUAAAGCAAGAGAAUAUCUUGGACUGUCUGAUCUUGAGAAGCGUACUCAAGCUGGUGGCGUACUUAAUGUUCAUAUUGGUGAUGCCCUUUCUCCUUCAGUUAAUAUUCCUGGAGGAUAUGCUGGCAUUGUCAUUGACUUGUUUUCUGAUGGAAAAGUUUUGCCACAGUUGCAAGAGAGAAUGCAAUUAUUUAAUCAAGGAAUAACAGGAGGAGCAAGGAAAUAAGGAGAGAGAAACACGUAUGGAUUUAGACUUAAAAGAGUCAUCUUGAAUGUGCAGAAGAAAUCGUCAAAUGUCAUUCAGAAUACUGCUUUGACUUGGCCAGAGAAAACAGCCCUUGUAAACAUGGAUGUGAGAAUGAAAAAGGAAGUCAUAAAGGAAGGACCCAUAGGGAAGUGAUGUUAAAUGUUGUUAAAUGCAGGAUCAAUAUUGGUUGAAAGCUCAGUUAUAAGCAAUCUAAGUUUUGAGAUCAAUUAAUUGUAAGUUGUACAAAAAUCAACAGGCUCACGCACUUAAGGACGUUUUGCAGAAGUCUGACUUUAGGGUUUAAUACAGAUAAUGAAGAUUGAAACCAACAAAAUGUCCAGUUAUUAUGUAUGCUCAAGUUACGUGUUAAGGUAGGAGCCUGGUAAGAAACAAUCUGGAUCUAAGAAUUUGUACAACCUAGUAAUUUCGCUAGGACUAGCUACUAUGUACUUUCAUACUUGCUAAUUGUAUUUUGGCUAUCGCACAGCUGUCCUUUCUUCCAAAAUAAGCUAUGAUGUAUCCAACUGCCUAUAUGUCUUGAUAAUUUUGUUGUCCUCCAUUUUGACCACAUCACACGUUACCUUGUGUUUUAACUUUUAAGUUAUGAUUGUUUUGUAUUUUAUA